CAGCCGGGCUGGCGGCGGCGAGAGGAAAAUGGCGGCGCCGCUGCUGUCCCUCUCGGAGGGGGAGGGCGCCCGGGCGCGGCGGCGGGAGCAGCUGCGGGCCUGGGCGGAGGCCGAAGCGGCGGCGGCGGCGGCGGCUUCUUCCCCGGGGCCAGCCCCGCCUCCCGCCGGCUCCGGUCCGCUGCCUUCCCCGGCGGCUGUGACGGGGCCGGCGAUGGGCUCCGGCGGCCGUGCCGUCCGCUUCGACGCGGCCGCCGAGUUUUUGGCCUGCUGCGCCGGGGCCGAGCUGGAGGCGGCGCGAGAGAUGCUGGGCGCGGACCCGGCGGCCGUCAACGGGACCAACGCGGACGGCAUCAGCGCGCUCCAUCAGGCCUGCAUUGAUGAAAACAUGGAGGUGGUUGAAUUUUUGGUGGCAAAUGGAGCAGAUGUGAACCAGGCUGACAACGAGGGCUGGACUCCGCUGCAUGUUGCCGCUUCCUGCGGAUACAUUGAAAUUGCACAAUACCUCUUGGACCACGGUGCCAAUAUUGCUGCAGUGAACAGCGACGGGGAUGUGCCAUUGGACAUUGCCGAGGCUGACAACAUGGAGGCCUUACUGCGGUCGGAGAUUGCAAAGAGAGGGGUAGACAUUGAAGUAGCCAAACGAGAGGAGGAGGAGGUGAUGCUUCGUGACGCACGCCAGUGGCUGAACGCUGGCAAAAUAUCUGACGAGUCACACCCCAAAACUGGGGCCACUGCCCUGCAUGUGGCAGCUGCCAAGGGCUACAUUGAGGUCAUGAGGCUGCUCUUGCAGGCCGGCUAUGAUCCCAGUGUGCAGGAUAAGGAUGGCUGGACUCCCCUGCAUGCAGCAGCCCACUGGGGAGUGGAGGAGGCCUGCCGCCUUCUGGCAGAACACUUCUGUGAUAUGGAGGCACUCAACAACGUGGGCCAGCGUCCGUGUGACCUCGCAGAUGAGGAUACUUUGGCCCUGCUUGAGGAGCUGCAGCGUAAGCAGAACGAUCUACGCAGCAAGAAGGAAGCACACCUGAGGCAAGCUUUGAUUGACACCAGCUUGGAGCAGCCUCCUUCGUACACAAGCAAGCACCGAAGGAGUUCUGUAUGUCGCAUGAGCAGCAAGGAGAAGAUCUCUGUUCAGGACCAAUCAAAAGAACGCAAGACUUUGGGCACCAUUGCUGUCGGGGAGGAGGAGACCAGCUCAGCCUCGGAUGGAGAGGAGGCUCCAAAUUCCAGCGAGGCAAAGACGAGCCCCCCAACAGACAGCGGUGCAGUGAAUGGAGUCUCUGUGCCCCCCGUCAGUCCGGUCCCUCCCAGUCCUGCGACGCAGAAGUUCUCCGGAGGCUGCAGCCGCACCAUGGAGCCAGAGGACUCACAAGCCCCUGCAGUCUGGAGGCAGAGUCUGCGCAAGACCAGCAGCUUUGGGGUGCUGCAGGAUGCCAGGCUGGAAGAAGGGGCAGCCAAGGAGGGUGGCGGCAUCAAGCGCUCGGCAUCCAGUCCUCGGCUGGACACAGAAGAAAAGAGCAAAGAACCACGUCUGGCCCGGGUAACGCCGACCCCCACUCGGAGGAUAUUUGCCCUCCCAGACACGGAACCCCACCGGGACCCCCGGAGAGCACACUUAGAAGGUGGCCUUCAGAUGAAGAUAGAUACAGCCCUUGCCCCACACCUGCCCCCCUCUUCCACUGCCAUCAGCUCUAGCACGGAUCCCCGGGACCGCCGAAGGUCCUACCAGACGCCAGUCCGGGAUGAAGAGUCGGAAUCCCAGAGGAAGGCCCGCUCCAGGCUCAUGAGGCAGUCCAGGCGCUCCACGCAGGGUGUUACGCUCACUGAUCUAAAAGAGGCCGAGAAGACCAUGGGCCGGGCUGGAGACGCCAAAGCAGCCUCAGACCAGAGAAGCAAAGAGGAUGAGAAGCUCGACAAAGAUGGAGAGCAGCAGCCCCAAGAGGCAACGGAUGCUUCUAGGAGGUUUCGGCACCCCAGCUCAGACAGCUCUUCAGUUUAUACUGUGAAUCCACUGGUGGUGAAUUCACAACCCAGAAAAGGCUCAGAACCUGAUGAAACAAGCUCCGAGGCGGAUUCGGAUUUCCGGAACCGGCUGGCUAUCCGUGACCGCAGGAAAGGCCGGAGGGAGAGACGCAUCAGUGGGCUGGGGGGCAACUCAGAGGGUGAGGAUGAUGAAGAUGUUGAGCAAGUCAACAAUGAAGAUCCAUCAGGACAUGGCAGUGAACACUUGAACAGCGUCCUGCCCAACCGGACAGCUCCCUACAGCUGCCAGAGCCGAAACAGCGCGUUGGGCUGCAAAGAGGAACCUGAUCACUAUUACAAGAAACUGUAUGAAGAUCUUUUGAUUGAGAAUGAAAAACUGAAGGAGCAGCUGCAGGAGGCACAGCUGCAGUUGACCCAAGUCAAGCUGGAGCUGGAAAGAGUGACCCAGAGACAGGAGCGUUUUGCUGAGCGGCCAGCUCUCCUCGAGCUGGAGAGAUUCGAACGCCGAGCCUUGGAGAGGAAAGCUGCAGAGCUGGAGGAAGAGUUGAAGGCUCUUUCAGAUCUGAAGGCUGACAACCAGCGUCUUAAAGACGAAAACGCCGCUCUUAUCCGUGUAAUCAGCAAGCUCUCCAAGUGACCGCCGCUGCCGCCCCCAGAGUUUGCAACAAAGUAGGGGCCUUACUCCACCAUCCACCCUUCUGUCUACCAGAUCUUCAGGAGGGACAGGAGAGAGAUGCAAGGAUGUGGGGCGGACACCUCCCCUCGCCACCACCCGGACACUCCAAAUGCAGGCUAUUGCAAGCUCCAGCCAAUCAGACACCUUUCCCCUCCCCUAGCCACGCAGGGCCACGUUUGUCAUCAGAUGUGAUGUCUCAACCUCUUCUCUCUCCCCUGUCCUUUUCUUUCUCCUCCCUGCUUUCUUUUUCCUUCCCAGAGACAGUAUUUAUUUUGUGGCUUCCUUAACGUGAUGUUUUUUAUUUGCUUUUUAAGUUUUCCUUUUAAUACACCAGGGGAGUGGUAUGAUAGAAGCCAGUGUUUCAGGGUGCUCAGAAGAGUAGGUCAGUGCAGUUUUCUUGACUGCAGGGAGGCGAGACCAAUGGGUUUUAAGGAUUUUUAAGAUUUGGAAGCAAAGUAACAGACUUAGUUUCCCUUUUUUUUUUUUUUAAGGAAGCCCCCUCCCUAGACAAGUGGUGGUUGUAGUGCUGCCCUCUAGAGGUAGCAUCAGACUGCAGCCUGAGGACAGAAUCAUCUCCACCCUUGGCUGAGAGUCCCCUGCCAAACGACGCUUUGACCAUCCAACUGUGCUGCAUCUUCACAGCACGUGAUGGGAGGUGGCACCUGGUAGCAAGUUUUUGUAGAGUAUAGGUUGGCAGCUGUCCCAGGAAUUAGAAAACUGAGCAGACGGUUCAAAACUGAUCAGGCGGCAGCAACCCAGGAGGGCAGGAUGUGUGUGUGAGAACAACCUGACUCUCAGGCUAUGUGAUGCCCUGAACGGUUUGGUCCAGUGUAAGAGGGGGAGUGCCCCUUGGAUGCAAAACUGGUCUACCACGAUUGCCUGCCAGGUUGGGGGAGGGGGGGUCAUCUCUGAAGGGCAAUGGAGAAGGGAUAAUCAUUUCAAGAGCCAAGAUAUGAUUGGCUGUGGAUUCAAGUGCCAUAAUGGGAGGGGGCGGGAGUACUGCAAAGGUGUGGCUACAUUGGCUCCUUGCCCUGCCUUUUUCAGCCAUUAGGGAAGGGGAGGGGGAGAGAGAAAGAGAUGCUGCCAUUUUCACUUCCCUUAUCGUCCUGAUAUUCAGACCACAAGUCUUUUUGUCCCUUCCUAAGCUCUGGCAAGUCCAAAGGUAGGCCUGGCUCCAGCUAUCCCUUUUUGCUUAAACCGGGGACAAGGCCAAAGCAAGGGAUGCCCUCCCGUGGCUCUCCUGCCUUCUGCCCAACAACCACACUCUGAUGCCAUCACCCAGCCCAGAGUCACGGGAUUCCCCAGACAUCUUUGGCCCUGGGGACAGAGAAAGGGAGAGAGAGCAAACAUGCUACAGGCUGGGUAUCAGUUCCCCACAGCCAGGGUGGCCACUCUUUCAGCCUUCCCAAGCUGCUUCUUGACUACUCCCGCCCAAUUCCUCGGACUCCUCUGCUUCCCUCGAGGACUUGUGGGUUUCUAGCUUUUGUGGCUCUCCUACAUUCCUCUUCCUGCAUGCACACAAUCAAAUAUUUUCAAUGUUUAAACUGAGGGCUAGCAGUACUUCCAAGAGAAACUGAGGGCUACAAGUAAUUCCAAGAAAAACGGGUCCAAAGUACUAACCUGAAAAUCCUGUGUGUAUUUUUUUUCCUGCGCUAUCAUGAGCCAAGAUUCCUUUGCCAAAAGAAAGAGUUCUUCCCUCCCCAUUUCUGCCAUCUCCUCCCCACCCCCACACACUUCUUUCCUCCACUUGUCCCAGUUGGUAAACAACUUCCCCUCCCCAACAUAUCUGUACAUAACAGAAGUAUUUUCUAUAUGGCUGCAUCGCCAACAAAAUACAAGAAGAAAAAUGCAGAAAAAACUUAAAUGUGCAAUAUCGCAUGAGUAUUUUUUUUCCAAAGAAGUCUCUAUAUUGUACUUGUUUAUUCAGCAGCUCAGCUGCCAUUUGUUUUAAAGAACAGGGAAUUGAAAUUACCGUGUUUGAAUAUAAUUAAAAAAAUAUUUAAAAAAA